AGAUUGAGUGAUUGCCCAGAAUCAAAACAGCACAUCAUUGAGAGUCAGAAACCCAAGCCACCCUCCACUUCUGUGUCUACUUGCCUGUCUCCUUUCAGUGAAUUUCUGCAGGGAAGCUGAGCCUCCAGUCACCAACAAUGAAGAUUUUCAGUCAGCUCUUGGUCUUUCGAAGGUUCCUGCUCAUUCUCCUCACCCCACUGCUCUUGCUUCCACUGCCACUCAUCAUCAGAACCAAAGAAGCAGAAUGUGCCUACACCCUGUUUGUAGUUGCUAUAUUUUGGCUCACAGAAGCUCUGCCCCUGGCUGUUUCAGCAUUGCUUCCUGCACUAAUGUUCCCAAUGUUUGGCAUAAUGGCAUCCAAGCAGGUGGCAUCGUCUUAUUUCAAAGAUUUUCAUCUGCUGUUAGCUGGAGUAAUUUGUUUGGCAACGUCAAUAGAAAAAUGGAAUUUGCACAAGAGAAUAGCUUUGAAAAUGGUGAUGCUGGUGGGCGUAAAUCCUGCCUGGCUUACACUGGGUUUCAUGAUUAGCUGUGCCUUCUUGUCUAUGUGGCUUAGCAACACCUCUACUGCUGCUAUGGUGAUGCCAAUUGUAGAGGCUGUGGCUCAGCAGAUCAUCAAGGCUGAAGCAGAAGUUGAUGCUUUAGAGAUGACUUAUGCAAAUGGAUCCACCAAUCAGGCCUUGGAACUUGAUGAAAGUAUCAGUGAAUGUGAAACCAGUGACUGGAAAGAGAAAACAAAACAAGCUAAUGGGUACAACAAAGAUGUGGCUCACACUGUGUGUAAGAUUGAAAAGGAAAAGCAGAAUCCCCCACCAACUGAAACAGGAAGGAGAUACAGAAACCAGAAAGACCAUAUGAUGUGCAAAGUUAUGUGCUUAUCUGUUGCUUAUUCUUCUACUAUUGGAGGACUGACUACAAUCACAGGAACAUCCACAAAUUUGAUUUUUGCUGAGCAGUUCAAUACGCGCUAUCCAGGUUGUCAGUGCAUCAAUUUUGGAUCUUGGUUUAUACUUUGCAUCCCCAUCACCAUUAUUAUUCUGUUGUUCUCCUGGGUCUGGCUCCAGUGGCUUUUCCUUGGUUUCAAUUUCAAAGAAAUGUUCCAAUGCGGCAAGGCAAAAUCAGCCAGAGAACAGGCCGCAGCCCAGGUGAUUGAAGAGGAAUAUAAAAAGCUUGGAUCAGUAAGCUACCCGGAGAUUAUUACUCUUGUCCUAUUCAUUCUAAUGGCCCUGUUGUGGUUUACAAGAGAUCCUGGAUUCAUCCCUGGAUGGUCUUCACUUUUUCCACAGUACAAAGGUUUUGCUACCGAUUCAACAGCUGCCUUACUGAUUGGCCUCCUCUUCUUUAUAAUUCCUGCAAAAAGAGUGUCUAGGACUUCAAAUGGAGAAAACACUUUUUUUGAUUAUGCUCCACUGAUUACUUGGAAGGAAUUUCAGACCUGCAUGCCGUGGGAAAUAGCUAUUCUUGUUGGUGGAGGGUUUGCACUGGCAGAUGGCUGUGAGGAUUCAAAUCUAUCACUUUGGAUUGGAAGUAAAUUAACUCCUCUGGGAUCAUUACCAAUGUGGCUGAUUAUCCUGAUUUCAUCUUUGAUUGUCACUUCAGUGACAGAAGUGGCCAGCAAUCCAGCUACCAUUACAAUAUUCUUGCCUAUACUAGCACCUCUGGCUGAAGCUAUUCAUGUGAACCCACUUUUUAUACUAAUACCUACUACACUGUGUACUUCAUUUGCAUUCCUGCUACCAGUAGCAAAUCCACCCAAUGCCAUUGUAUUUUCAUAUGGUCAUUUAAGCAUUAUUGACAUGGUGAAAGCUGGCUUGGGCAUUAACAUCAUCGGAGUUGCUGUAGUUAUGCUUGCUAUCAUGACAUGGGUAGUGCCCCUCUAUGACCUCUAUACAUAUCCAGCCUGGGCACCAAUUCUUUCUUCUGUGAAUAACACAGGGCCAUAGAAGCUAGCUAGCCAGCGUUUGUUCUGAUUUUGAUUUUCAUAUCACUAUCAUAUGAUGAGUUACUAAAAAUACAGAGUGCUUCAGUGAUGAUAGUGAUCCAGGUUACUGUAAACACCGUAUCUCCCAGUCCAAAGGACUGGCAAUCUGUUUUGGUGUUCCUAAUUGGCAAGAAUGCUAUAUAAACAUGAACAUGAAAAAAACUAUCAAAGCUGAACAUGUUUCGUGCCCAGUUCACCUAGUUCAGAUUGUAUUUUUAUAUGUUUUGAAGGAACAUCUGUGAAUGUGCACAUUCAUUAUGAAUAUCAAUGUGCCCCUUUUCUUAGGGUCAUAAAAUAGUACAAAGUACAGCUUUUGAUAUUUCAAAUGUGGUGGUAACAUUUGUUGCUAGCCCAAGAACACACUGUUUUUAUUUUAGUUUGGUAUUAUACAGCUGUGAUGCUUUUUAAAAUGAUGAUUGCAAACAAAAGGUCAGGUUGGAAAUGAUCUGAACAGUCCAUUAAGAGACUUGUCUGUAGAUGUGCUCUUUCAGGAAACACAAAAAACAAUGUGAGGAGAGCAGCAUGGCUAUUUAUACAGCAGUUUUUCUGUCAACAUUACUCUGGCCAUUCUUUCACUAUCUAUAAGUGGAAACAUUAAGAUCCCAAUUCAGGAAUGCCUUUGAUAAUGUUUUAUAAGCUUAUCAUAUUUAGGACCUUUCUUAAAACGUAUGCUUAAGGUUAAAAAUGUACUCUAGAAUUUUUCUGAAUGGAGAUGCACUCCUGAGUGAAGCUUAUAGGAGUGUAGAGUAAGCUAACAGAAUUAUUUUCUGCUAAGUCCACAUCAAAGCAAUUAAUACUACACACACACCAACAGUUCUGGGGUCUUAACAUUCAACCUGUCAAGUAGGACAGAAGUGCCUCUUUGUCAGAAGGAAGUAUCUCCUGCAGGACAUGUGGAAUAUUAAGAUAACUGUAAUAAUGUUAGAAAUACAAAAGGGCCAGUGCAGUUGAAGAGGAAGUUUGCAUUGAGUGGGUAUUUAGAAAUAACUUACAUUGUUAAUAUUGUGUCUUUCUUGUUAAUAGCUAUGAUAAAGAUGCAACAUAAAUAUUGUCUGUCCUGUUAAGAGCUAUAAUAUAGAUGUCAACAUUGGAAUGUACAUAAUUGUUAAAAUGUGUGAAUUAUUCCCAGUUGCUACUGGUUAGUGCAUCAGAUGCCAUGAUACGGUGAAUGAAGCAGGAUUUUUGAAAUGUUGAUGUUCCAUUAUAAAAACCGCUAUUAUUUUAUACAAUCUCUCUUCUGCUUUAUCUAUACUGUAAGCUUUACAAAAAAGGAAUAUUUUUUUUUAGUCUAUGUUAGCAUAACACCUAGCAAAAUGAAACCCUUAUUUUUUAUUAGGUCUCCAAGUAGAUUAGGAACAUAUGGUCUUUUUGUGGAGAAUGUAAAUAAGGGUCCUAUGUUCCUCCUAGUCCUGUGUUCCUAUAGUUUAAAUAUCUUCUUACAUAUAUUUCAUAUAAACUGAAUGUAUAUUUUUGCUCUAAUGAGUAUACAUAAAAUAUAUUGGCAUAUAUAUAAUAUUUAUGACAUACUAUUUAUUAGUGGCUCCAGUCCUGCUGAAUUCAAUGGGAGUUUGCCAUAGAAAGAGUAGGAUCAGGCCUUUGCUUUAUUAUUUGUUUUUAUUUUUGUGCUUUAUCUGGUUUAUCCUUUCUUUAUCGCUCACUGUACUUCUCAAAGAUCUGCCUUCAAAUUACUGGAAAAUGUAAAGAAUAUGCACUUUGAGAAAUGUCACAGUUCUAUUCUUUUCUUAUGAGGAUCAGUCAGCUCAGUCUUGAAGUAUAAAUUGCCGUAUGGUCUUUUAAGAGGAAGUAUACAUCGUUGUGUAUUUCAAGACUCUUCAUUCCUACUUUAAAGUCAGUUGGCCCAUAACCUACACUGCAGUUGAAGAAUGCUCAGUACAGCUGCUCCCCAUAGGAAAUAAUGCAAAGCCACUUUUGAUUAUCCAUAGACCACAUUUAUUUUAGUUUUAAUAUUAGCAGUCUAAAAGCUAUUGAACCUGAUGUUGGCUACAUCUGAAGGCUAGUCUGACAUUGGUGGGUGUUGCAAGGAAGCUCAUCCACCUUCCCCAUUUCCCUGACCCCAUCCUUGGCAACCACAUGUAAGAGACAUAGAAAACACUGCAAAAACCAGUAUGCCCCCGAGAAUUUCUCAGUGCAGGAAUAAUUGUCCGGUGGUCAGAUCUACCAAGGUUUAGGGCGGCUUUAUUGUUGUUGUUAACUGUGACGAUAAAGGUUGAAACAUUACAAAGAAGCUCCAAAGUACUAAAGUAUCAAGACUGCCACAAAAUAUGAAUGGAGUCUGUGAGAUACCACUUAAAAUGUUACCAGAAAUUAUCUGCAUAGUUCUUUGCACAGAUGAAAUGAAUUAAACACUUGCUCUCUUUUUGACUGCUUGUUAGUGCUAUUUUGGAAUAUCAUUUAUGUCAGUGUACCUCUGUGAUGUAUGUUCAUACCUAUAUACUGUCAAUUAUUUGUAAAAGAAACAUUUGCCACAUGCUGUAAAGCCAAACUUAUGUUAAGUGAACAUUUAAGGGGACCUAGAAGAAGUGGUCUCUGAUGGACAGUGGUUUUUUAAUAAAGGUGACUGAGAAUUUUUUUAAAUGUAUUUUAUUGUUAUAACAAUUUAAAAGUCCAUGCAGGAAUAGACAAUAAAGCUGAAGGAAAUUGCAUUAGAAAAUGCAUUAUACAUAUUUGAUACCAGAAAAGCUAACUUUGCAUAUAAAAUAACUUUAAAACAUAGAGGAGGAAGUAUUUGUAUUUUUAUAAAGAAAUCAAAACACAAAUACUUAAUAAAAUGAAAUUUUAUGUAUUUUAUUUUACAUAUACUAGGUGAAAAUUGUUCCUCCAGUCAUGAAAAUAAAAGUAAAAGAUUUUAAAAUAAAAAUGUAACCUUUUUUAUUGUCA